AUGAAGAUAGCAGUUGUAUGUUUCUUGGUUGUACUAGCUGUGGCCUAUGCCCAGCAGGAAGGCGGUCGACGAGAGGAAGGCGGUCGACGAGAGGAAGGCUCAGAAGGCGGUAGACGAGAGGAAGGAGGUCGACGAGAAGAAGGUGGUAGACGAGAAGAAGGCGGUAGACGAGAGGAAGGUGGUCGACGAGAAGAAGGCGGUAGACGAGAGGAAGGUGGUAGACGAGAAGAAGGAGGUAGACGAGAGGAAGGUGGCAGACGAGAAGAAGGUGGUAGACGAGAGGAAGGAGGUCGACGAGAGGAAGGUCAACGAGAGGAAGGUGGUCGACGAGAGGAAGGUCAACGAGAGGAAGGAGGUAGACGAGAGGAAGGUCAACGAGAGGAAGGAGGUAGACGAGAGGAAGGAGGUCGACGAGAGGAAGGUCAACGAGAAGAAGGUGGUAGACGAGAGGAAGGAGGUAGACGAGAGGAAGGAGGUAGACGAGAGGAAGGUCAACGAGAGGAAGGAGGUAGACGAGAGGAAGGAGGUAGACGAGAGGAAGGUCAACGAGAGGAAGGAGGUAGACGAGAGGAAGGUGGUAGACGAGAGGAAGGUCAACGAGAGGAAGGAGGUAGACGAGAGGAAGGUCAACGAGAAGAAGGAGGUAGACGAGAGGAAGGAGGUAGACGAGAAGAAGGUCAACGAGAAGAAGGAGGUAGACGAGAGGAAGGUCAACGAGAAGAAGGAGGUAGACGAGAGGAAGGAGGUAGACGAGAAGAAGGUCAACGAGAAGAAGGCGGUAGACGAGAAGAAGGUGGUCGACGAGAAGAAGGGGGUAGACGAGAAGAAGGAGGUCGACGAGAAGAAGGUGGCAGACGAGAGGAAGGAGGUCGACGAGAGGAAGGUGGUCAACGAGAAGAAGGUAGACGAGAAGAGGGAGGUCGACGAGAAGAAGGAGGUAGACGAGAGGAAGGUGGUCAACGAGAGGAAGGUCGACGAGAGGAAGGAGGUAGACGUCAAUAAAUAUAAAUAUCUACAUACAUUCCAAGGGGAACAACGCAAAUGAUUGUUUUAAAAUUUGAAUUCAUGUUAUAAUGCAUUUACAUAAAUUUAUCUGAGUUUGAU